ACAGCAGCAGCAACAGCUCUGAGAGAGAGAGAGAGAGAGAGAGAGAGAGAUUUCCAAAUGGAAUAGAUUUCCAUAUAUAGAGGGAACGGAUUUCCAAAUGGAAUAGAGAGAGAGAGAGAGAGAGAGAGAGAGAGAGAGAGAGAGGCUUUGGAGAAGAUGAGUGUUUGGAAUUACGUGGUGACGGCACACAAGCCUACGAACGUCACGCAUUCCUGCGUUGGGAAUUUUACCAGCCCUCAGGAACUCAACCUCAUCAUUGCUAAAUGCACACGUAUUGAGAUACAUCUGCUCACUCCGCAGGGACUACAGCCUAUGUUGGAUGUUCCAAUAUAUGGAAGAAUUGCAACACUUGAGCUUUUUCGCCCUCAUGGGGAAGCACAAGAUUUUCUAUUUAUUGCUACAGAGAGAUACAAAUUUUGUGUUCUCCAAUGGGAUGCAGAGACAUCUGAGCUCAUCACGAGAGCAAUGGGAGAUGUUUCAGAUCGUAUAGGUCGCCCUACAGACAAUGGACAGAUUGGCAUAAUUGAUCCUGAUUGUAGAUUAAUUGGUCUUCAUCUCUAUGAUGGCUUAUUCAAGGUUAUACCCUUUGACAACAAAGGACAGCUCAAGGAAGCUUUUAAUAUUAGGCUUGAAGAGCUUCAAGUUCUGGACAUCAAGUUUCUGUACGGUUGUGCAAAACCAACAAUUGUAGUUCUUUACCAGGAUAACAAGGAUGCACGGCAUGUCAAAACAUAUGAGGUUGCACUCAAGGACAAAGACUUUGUUGAGGGUCCAUGGUCACAGAAUAAUCUUGACAAUGGGGCUGGUUUGCUAAUACCUGUUCCCAUGCCUCUUGGUGGUGUUAUUAUUAUUGGAGAAGAAACAAUUGUGUAUUGCAGUGCCACUGCCUUUAAAGCCAUUCCAACAAAACCUUCAAUUACAAGAGCAUAUGGGAGGGUUGAUGCAGAUGGUUCUCGAUACUUGCUUAGUGAUCAUGCAGGAUUUUUGCAUUUACUCGUUAUCACACAUGAGAAAGAGAGAGUGACUGGACUCAAAAUUGAGCUAUUGGGGGAAACAUCUGUUGCAUCAACAAUAUCAUAUCUUGAUAAUGCAUUUGUGUAUGUGGGCUCAAGCUAUGGAGAUUCACAGCUCAUCAAGCUAAAUCUCCAACCUGAUCCCAAAGGCUCAUACGUAGAAGUUCUUGAGAGGUACGUCAACCUUGGGCCUAUUGUGGACUUCUGUGUGGUUGACCUUGAGAGGCAAGGUCAGGGUCAAGUUGUGACUUGCUCAGGAGCGUAUAAAGAUGGUUCUCUUCGCAUUGUUCGAAAUGGCAUAGGGAUCAACGAACAGGCAUCUGUAGAACUUCAAGGCAUCAAAGGGAUGUGGUCUUUGCGGUCUUCUACUGAUGAUCCGUAUGAUACUUUCUUGGUCGUAAGCUUCAUCAGUGAGACACGCAUUCUGGCGAUGAAUUCUGAGGAUGAGUUAGAAGAAACUGAGAUAGAAGGUUUUUACUCCCAGGCACAAACUUUGUUCUGCCAAGAUGCGAUCCACAAUCAACUUGUACAGGUUACUGCCAAUUCUGUGCGUCUGGUCAGUUCUACAUCUCGAGAGCUGCGGCAUGAAUGGAAGUCGCCUUCAGGAUUCUCUGUUAAUGUAGCUACAGCAAAUGCCAGUCAGGUUUUGUUAGCCACUGGGGGAGGCCACCUAGUUUAUCUGGAAAUAGGAGAUGGGGUAUUGACUGAAGUAAAACAUACACAACUGGAAUAUGAGAUAUCAUGCCUUGACAUUAACCCUAUAGGUGAGAAUCCUAAUUACAGUAGUCUCGCAGCAGUUGGAAUGUGGACUGACAUAAGCGUUAGGAUUUUCUCCCUUCCUGGUCUGGAACUGAUCACAAAGGAGCAUCUGGGCGGAGAGAUCAUCCCUCGCUCUGUUCUUCUAUGUGCGUUUGAAGGGGUAUCUUACUUGUUAUGCGCCCUUGGAGAUGGGCACCUGUUCAAUUUCCUAUUAAACAUGAACACUGGUGAGUUGUCUGAUAGGAAGAAGGUCUCACUUGGGACUCAGCCUAUAACACUCCGUACUUUCUCUUCCAAGAACACCACCCAUGUGUUUGCUGCCUCGGAUAGGCCAACUGUUAUCUACAGUAGCAAUAAGAAAUUACUCUACAGCAAUGUGAAUCUAAAAGAAGUCAGCCAUAUGUGUCCUUUCAACUCUGCUGCUUUCCCUGACAGCCUUGCAAUUGCUAAGGAAGGAGAACUUACUAUUGGUACUAUUGAUGACAUCCAAAAGCUUCACAUCCGCUCGAUCCCACUUGGAGAGCAUGCACGUCGUAUUUGCCAUCAGGAACAGUCACGGACAUUCGCCAUUUGCAGUUUGAAGUACUGCCAGUCCACUACGGAUGACUCUGAAAUGCAUUUUGUGCGCUUGUUGGAUGAUCAAACCUUUGAGUUCAUAUCGACGUAUCCACUUGAUACCUACGAGUAUGGCUGUUCUAUCCUUAGCUGUUCAUUCACAGAUGAUACCAAUGUGUAUUACUGCGUGGGAACAGCAUAUGUAUUGCCUGAGGAGAACGAACCCAGCAAGGGCCGAAUAUUGGUUUUUGUAGUUGAAGAUGGGAAGCUACAGCUGAUUGCUGAAAAGGAAACAAAAGGGGCUGUGUACUCUCUCAACGCCUUCAAUGGGAAAUUGCUGGCUGCAAUCAAUCAGAAGAUUCAGUUGUACAAGUGGAUGCUUCGGGAAGACGGUUCACGUGAGUUGCAAUCUGAAUCUGGACACCACGGGCAUAUUCUCGCCCUGUAUGUUCAAACCCGUGGCGAUUUCAUUGUUGUCGGUGAUCUGAUGAAGUCCAUCUCGUUAUUGAUAUACAAGCAUGAAGAGGGUGCCAUCGAGGAGCGUGCCCGUGACUACAACGCCAACUGGAUGUCGGCCGUUGAGAUCCUCGACGAUGAUAUCUACCUUGGCGCAGAGAACAACUUCAACCUCUUCACUGUCCGCAAGAACAGUGAUGGCGCCACUGAUGAGGAGCGCGGCCGCCUUGAGGUAGUGGGCGAGUACCACCUCGGUGAGUUUGUCAACCGCUUCUGCCAUGGCUCCCUUGUCAUGCGCCUCCCCGACUCCGAUGUAGGCCAGAUCCCCACUGUCAUCUUUGGCACUGUGAACGGUGUGAUCGGUGUCAUUGCCUCAUUGCCCCACGAGCAGUACGUCUUCCUGGAGAAGCUACAGUCGAACCUGGUGAAGGUCAUCAAGGGUGUGGGUGGGCUGAGCCAUGAGCAGUGGCGGUCUUUCAACAACGAGAAGAAAACAGUGGAUGCAAAGAAUUUCUUGGACGGGGAUCUGAUCGAGUCAUUCCUUGAUCUCAGCCGGAGCCGGAUGGAAGAGAUCUCAAAGGUGAUGGGCGUGUCGGUGGAGGAGCUGUGCAAGAGAGUGGAGGAGCUGACGAGAUUGCACUGAAGUCGUUGCUGGAGGUGAUUGAUUUCAGGCUUUUGUUCCCCUUAUUCUCUUUUAUAUUUGUUUGUCAUAGAAUGGUCCACCUAGCAAUGU